UGAGAUUACUCCGAACACUGAGCGAAUUAGAAAGAAAGUCUUAUCUCACAUAGCCACCAGAUGGAGGGACUUCAAGGCAAGGCUCACACGUUUAUAUGUGUUUGGAGAUAGACAACAUGACACUCCUUGUGAGAAGUACAAAAUCUCGGAGGAGGAGUGGAUGCAAUUUCGUGCAUGUAGAGAGUCUGGAGACUGGCAGGAAAAAAGGACAGCAGCCCAACAAAGACAAAGGCUUAAUGAUACACCACAUGUACUCUCUCGAGGUGGUUAUGCAUUAUUGGAGAAAAAAUUGAAAAAGUCGCGUGCACAGUCUCUGGGACUUGAGUCCCCUGACCUAGUGGAUGCAAUUCCUAGGUACGAGAUGUGGAAGGCUGCUCGGACUAAGUCCGAUGGGCAAAUGACAUCACAAUCAGCUCAAAUCAUAUCUCAAAAAAUAGAUGAAUUAAUUGAGCAAGAGACUCAGGGUUCGUUUGUUGGCCAUGGUCGGGACGAUAUACUCACAACGGCAAUUGGAAGGCCAGAGCACCCAGGACGUGUGCGUGGUGUUGGAGGUUCCAUUGGUCUUCGAGAUUACUUUGGUCCUCCACAAAGAAGUAAUGAAUCGUUGAGUCAAGAGGCCUUGAGGAAGAUGGAGCAACAAAUGGAGGAAAGAUUCAACCAACGCAUGGGAAUUAUGGAGCAACGUUUUAUGGAACAACUUCAACAGCAGCAACAAAUACAAAGAACACUUGAAGAAAAGCUUCAAUCCAUGCAGCAACAGAACAUGGAAUUACCCACUCAAGCUCCAACAGGACAACUAUGA